AUAAAUGGUGGCUUAGAUCUGUCUGAUGAACACUGGAAAGAUUGUUGGGAAAAACAUCUUGAAGAAAUAACAAACUCUAAUAGAAAGAAAUCUUGCGAAUUACCAUUGUAUAAAAGCACAGAAGUCAAUCAAUCCGAACUCAAAAGCUCAGAAAAUCAUAAAUUAACAGAAACAAAAAAUAAAAUAUUUAGAAAUGCUGCAAUUAUGGGUCUAGUGAAUACCAAGAAGAUAUCAUUAGAAGAUCUAAUUAAGUCAAAUAACAAAAGUUGUGCAAGAGAAGAAGACAGACUGAGAACUUUGGAUACAAAGAUUGAUGAUGAACAUCAAAUAGAGUUUGUUCCUCAUGCUGAAGAUCCUGAAGUUUACAUUCAUCCUUUGCGAAUGGGAGUAAAUGUAAAAAGAUUCAAAAACAUUGAUUUUACUGUUCCACGUGUCGGCAAGAAGAUAAAAGAGGCGCCCCAACAAUAUUUUCUUCGAACAACUACCGAUGAUUCAUUUAAGUUUGUGAAAAAAGACAAAAGUACAAUGUAGUUGAAAAACGAGAUCGUAUUUUGUUAUAAUGAAUAUCACAUAAAAGCACAAGCAUAUAUAUUUUUUAUACAUAAAUAUUUAUAUGAAAAUAUAUAUUGAUUUCGUUUUAAUUAUGAUAAAUUUUGUUAGACUAAAUAAGUUUUCAAGUCUCUCAAGAUUACGAAAUUCGAGAUUAAUGAUAAAAAUAUUUCUAGAUUCAUGAAAUAUUUGCGUUGCUUAGUUUUUUUUUAUUAUUAAUCUAUGUUCUAAGCGUCAGCAUAUAAUUACUUACUAUAACUUAUACAAAUUAUUUUCAAAUUAAAUUAUGAAGCGAUCAUUUUUACGAUCAUUCACGUUUUAUAUUGUGAAAUGAUUUAUAUUGUUAUGUAAUUUUCAUUUAAAUAUAUGUUCUUAUUGAAUUCAUUACAGAACAUUAAAAAAUAAUGGGUCUCGAAAUGAGAGCCAAAAAUAUUCUCAGCAAGAAAUAUCCUCAAUGUUUUAUUUGGAUAUAAAUAUGUUCU